CUUCCUUUAAAGCCCUCACGCGCUACUCUGGAGCAAUGAAAAACUAGAACCCGGGAGGCCACGGAGGAAACCCAAGAUCAUUCCGGCAGCGCGGAUCCUUAUAUGCAGGCAGGCUGCGCCACGCUUCGGGAGAACGGACGGAGUAAGAUCUCAGCAACGAAAAGGAUGGAGGGUCUGAAGGAGACACGGGGAACUUUCGAUUGAGGAGAGGAGGGGACGAGGGACGGAAGACCGCCCGAUGAACGACAGUUUUUUUCUUGGAUAUUUUUGGUGUGCUUUUUCUAGGGGGGAUUUUGGAUAAUUUUUGCGGUUGAUCAAAAUGCCAUUUGCCAAAAGGAUUGUAGAACCCCAGUUACUGUGCAGGUUACCUAUUCCAAAUGACGAAGGCUCGCUCAACAUUGAGGAUCUGUGUUCCAUCAAUAAUGUGGUGCUCUCGCGGACCUUGCGGCAGCUCUCCGACCUGGCCAAACACGCCUGCUCCCUAUUUCAGGAGCUGGAGAACGAGAUCAUGUCCACCAACCAGAGGGUCUGGGUUCUGCAGAAUAAAAUAGGGAAGAUCCAACAGAACGCCAGCGGUCUCGAUCCCAAAAAGGAGGCAGUCCCUGUCUCUAACCUGGAUGUGGAGAGUAAGCUAACAGUGCACUACCAGGCUCCAUGGCACCAGCACCACAACGUGUUUCACCCCUGCAGCCGGCCGCCAUGCGUAGAGGAGCUCCACAGACAUGCCAAGCAGAGCCUGCGAGCCCUGCACAGAGACCAAAAGCAACGUCAACGGUCGAACAGCCGCGAGCGCAGAGUGACCAUCUCCAUCUCUGGGGCUCCUCCAAUGCCCACCCUCCCUUCCCCACGCACCCUCAGACGGCACGAGCAGAGGGGCAGGCACAGCCGUGCGCAGGCGAGACCAGAGAGAGAGAUAGAAUAUCAACUGCGGAAGGAGAGACACAUGAGAGAGACAGACAUCCAGACAAUACAAAGAAAGGAGAGACCUGGAAGGGAGGUUCACUGUCACACUAUACAGAGAAAGUAUGACCGUACCCGCUCCCCAUCCCCCACUGAAUGUUGCCUCUUCACCCCAUGGACCAGAAAGGCUGCCACUACCACUGACCCUGAUGCUGAGCCUGCAGUGGGCCACAGGUCUACUGGUGCUGUCCCCAACCCCCCCUCCACACUGGACAAGCAGACCAACUGGUCCAAGGCCCUUCCUCUGCCCACCCCCCAGGAGAGGAUGAAGAGUGACCCAGCAGUCGUGUCCUCGUGCAUCAUCCCCAUCAACGUCACUGGGGUGGGGUUCGACAGGGAGGCUAGUGUGCGCUGCUCCCUGGUACACUCCCAGUCUGUGCUGCAGAGGAGGAGGAAGCUGAGGAGGAGGAAGACCAUCACUGGUAUCCCCAGACAAGUUCAACAGGACAUGGACUCUGAUGAGUCUCCAGUGGCGAGGGAAAGGACAGUGAUGGUCCACACCAACCCUCACCUGUCCCUCUGUCAGGAGGAGUUGUCCCUCCGAGGGGGACACACCAAGGACUCCGGCUGCCAGACGGACGACUGCCUGAUCGGUGGCGGUGGUGCCCCGUCCAGGAGACGUAUACGUGCCCAGCGCGGCGGCCAGGGGGGCAUCCCCACCUCCCUCUCCCACUCCACCGGGAACAUCUCCUCGCUCCCCGACCACCCUGACACCUCCAUGUACACCGCCUCUGGCUCCCGCCUCCGCUCCCGCAGCCUCCCCCGCGAGGGCGGCCGCAUACGCGACGAGGACCAGGACGACAGUGAUGAAGAUGAGGAUGAUGAUGAUGACGAUGAUGAUGAAGAUGAGGAGCUCUCUCCAUACGAGACGGAGGACUUCCUCCCGGGAACGGGGCCAAGGAUGUUAAAGGACGAGGAGGAGAGUACGGAUGACCAGGCCAUGCCAGAGCUGCAGCUGGGGAGUCUGAAGAGGAUACAGCAGGGAGACGGGGGGAGUCCAGAACACAUGUGGAUGGAGAGGGGUCGCUCCCGCCUCCCCCGUCAGGUCGACAUGGGGAGCUGUGAGAUCUCCUCCAGCUCUGACACCUUCAGCAGCCCCAUCCACUCUGUCUCUACUACGGGGGUGCUGAGAGGACAGAUAGACCACAAGGAGGACCACCAGUCGUCCAGUGGUAACUGGAGUGGCAGCAGUUCCACAUGCCCCUCCCAGACCUCUGAGACACUCCCCCCCGCCGCCUCCCCCCCUCUGACCGGCUCCUCCCACUGUGACUCGGAGCUGUCGCUCAACGCCGCGCCGCACGCCAUCGAUGACCUCACCGGCUUUAUCAUCGACCCGUACCAUUCGGAUCAGCCGCAGGGCCAGGGUCAUAGGUCCAGCUCCUUCACCUCCUCAGCCACUGACCAGCUGGAUGAUGCAGGGGUCAGCACUGCCAGCGAGGGAGAGUGGACCUACCCUCAAGACCAGGCUGAUCAGGACCAGCUGUGUAGUCAGGACUUCAGCCCCAGGCGUUCCUCCAGGGGGGACCAGACCAGGAUAGACUUCACCAGCAUCAGCACCUACGACGGCUUCUCAGACCGAGCUCCCCCUACUGCUGCAGCAGACUCCCAGGGCUUCUACUCAUCCUCCAUGCACUUUGACUCCAUGCAGGGCCAGAGUUACAGGAGCUACAUGUACAACUAUGCAGCAGUGGGCUCUGGCGCUGACUGUGACCAGGGUAAUACUGUGGGCGCUACGCCUGGUGAGGGAGAGGGCAUGGCUGGAUACCCUCCUCAGUCCUCUGACUACAGGGGAGCCACCCUGACGCUAGGGAGGCCGUGUCGUCCGCUGAAGAAACCAAAGGUCAAGCCACCCCCACCAAAACGGAGCUCGUCGCUGAAGGAGACGUGUAGCGCAGGUGCUCCAGAGAAUGUCCCCCCUGAGCAGGGUGACGAGCAGGGCGACCAGGACCAACCAAAGAUUCAUAGUAGUGGGCAGACCCAGACCCUGAACCUGCCCAUGUCUUCCAGAGACAGAGAGAUGAGGCUGCAGCUGGACAUGGCCAGCCCAGGGGAGGUGGAGAAUCCUGGGUUGGAGGCUGAGACGGUGGGUGUUGGUGGUGGAGGUGCCUGGGGGAUAGGGAGCCCCAGGAGCCCCAGGACUGUGGAGAUGACGGAGCCAACCUCGUUCGGGUCCACGGACACUCACUCCUUCAAGGACGAGGGCGCCGUUCAGUCUGAUUAUGCAGACCUCUGGUUCCUCAACGACUUGAAAUCCCAAAAUAACCUGGACCCCAACGGCUCCUUGUCCAACUCCAGCACUGCUACGGGUACUACUGUUAUCGAAUGCAUCAAGUCGCCGGUGGACAGCUCCUCCUCUCCCGGGGGAGAGACCCAGGCGUUGAUGCAUUCCUCCGGCUCUGGUUCCAGCUCCUCCAGGCCCACCUCUCCUCCUCUUCCCCCCGGGGAUGGAGACUUCAAACUGGGCUCUCCUGAGAAGCUGGCUGGCCUCGCCUCGCCCUCCAGCGGAUACUCCAGCCAAUCCGAGACGCCCACGUCUUCAUUCCCAUUAGCGUUCUUCCCCGGCCCGCUCUCUCCGACCAGCGGGAAACGGAAACCCAAAGUCCCUGAGAGGAAGUCUUCUCUAUCCUCGCUGCAGCACCAGGCCCAGGCCCAGUUCUCUAGCUCGGCCUCUGGAUCCUCCUCUUCCUGUUCCUCUUCCUCUUCCUCAUCAUCCAGGAAGGACUAUGACUUCCCGGCUCCACCCACCGAGCUGGACUUAAGUUCUCUUCACAGCGCCCACAGCAGCCGGCCGUUACCCACUCUGGCCCACCGGACCCACAUGCACACGCUGCACCAGAACAAGCAGAGGGCAGCAGCAGCAGCAGAGGCCCGGGCAACCACGGGUAACACUGCAGCCGCUAACGCUAAUGCUAGUGCUAAAGCUAGUGCUAACGCUAGUGCUAAUGCUAAUGCUAACGCUAGUGCUAACGCUAGUGCAACCCCCUCUGGGUUUAUCUAUGGAUCCACUCUGACUCCAGAGGCCCCACUUGCUGCCAACCCCAUGGCCCUGGCCAUCACCCCCACGGUGCUGCGCUCCGUUCAGCUACGUUCCACCGGCCACAGGGCCACCGAUGGUUCUCAGCCCCAGGCCCGGGGCCAGGCUCAGGGGGCUCAGGGCCAGGAGCCUCCACCACCACCACAAGCAUGGGCCCACAAGGCUUCAGGGGCCCCUGCCACCAGACCCAAGAUGCCCAGUGUAACCAUCGUGACCCCCCACUCUGACACCAACACCAGGCCCCUGCCACCCAGGAGACCCAUUGCCCAGAAACCCCCGCCACCGCCGACCCAGGACCCCCACCACCCUUCUCAGGAGCAUCACCACCACUCUGUACCCCAGCCCCAGCACCACCCCACCCCCAUGCAGCACCCGGACGGCCCCCCGCCCUACGAGAGCCUGGCCAGGCACCGGCAGGACCGCUACAGCCCCGGAACCUUCUGGGCAAUGACGGCGUUCAGGACGCGGCCUGCGGAACCUUUGGAACCCGAGGAACCCACGCACCGAGCGCCACCGCCAACUCCGGAACCUGUGAUUCCUACUACACACCCGGAGUGCCACGUGCUAGGGGAGCGGACAGAGGAUGAAGAAGACGAGGAGGAGGAAGAGCACGAUAGAGAGAUAUCAAGGGUUAUGAGUCACAGUCAAGGCCUCAUUAGAGAAUAUCGAGAAUAUCAUCAAAGAGAUCAUCCAAGGGAACCACCGACGUACGAGACACUAGAGGAGUCCCACUCAUAUCAGUCCCAGUCGCAUUAUCACAGCCAGUCACAGACACACUCCUGUCACAGUCAAAUGGUCCAGAGGUGGGACUUGGGCCCAAGCAGCAGUCCUGACAAAGUGCCCGGUGUAACUGUGGAAGCAUCACACCCUUACUCAAUCAGCCAUGUGAUAGAUCGAAGAGGUAGGGGUGGAGAGGACCGCUAUGAGAUGACAUCAUCAGGGGUUCCUACCAGAAGUGCCUCACAGGAUAACAGCAGAGAUGACUCCACCACACCGGACACAGAGGACUACUUCAGCAAAGAGUCUACUAGUCCCAGUGAUAACUCCCUCUCUCCUCUGACUGACGAAACAACCAAACCUGAUGAUGAUGUCGUCUUCAUGUCACCCAGCAAAUCUCGUACUACUGAAGACCUGUUCGCCAUGAUCCACAGGUCCAAGAGAAAAGUCCUGGGCCGUAAGGACUCUGGAGAGCUGAGUGGGAAGAGCCGUCUGUGUCCUCCUCCGGCUGCCGUUGUUCCCCCUGCAGCUAUCCUCCCAGCCAUCCCCCCUCCGCCCCCUCUCAUCAUCCCCCCCGCCCCAGCCCUCUCCACCCUGACCGCGGCCGGAACCCAGCGCACCCCAGGACCCAUCUACCGCAGCGCCAAGAAGUCCAGCACCUCCAACGAGGAGUUCAAGCUGCUGCUCCUGAAAAAGGGCAGCCGGACUGAUUCUAGCUACCGCAUGUCUGCUACAGAGAUCCUCAAGAGCCCCAUCGCCCCCAAGUCCCCUGGGCACCCCUUGGCUGCGGAGGGCCAGGUCAGGUACCCCACCGAGGAUCCCCCCUCUCCCCUCCAGGAGCCAUUAUUGCAGGCGGCUGGGGAGCAACUCUUCCCCCCCAGCUUCUUCCCCAGGCCCAGUUCAGACAGCUUCAGCCCCAAAACACCCCCCACGUCGGCUUCGUCCAGACAGGGGCGCUCCCGGGUCCCCCCUGCAGCCAAUAGUAGUCGCUACAGCACCCGUAGCCGACUCUAUACGGCACCCAUGCAGGUCAUAUCAGAGGGGGAGACUGAGAACUCAGAUGGGAGUCCUCAUGAUGAUCGCUCCUCGUAAAACAAAAGGCAUGCUCAGUGCAGAAACAUGUACCCUAUUCCUUAUUUGGUGUACUACUUUUGACCAGGGCCCAUAUAAGGAAUAGGGUACCAUUUGGGAUGUAGACAUAUUUAUAUGGAUCUGGUUCAGUGCUGUUACUGUUCUUAUCUACUGAGUACUGACGGAUACACAACUAAACAAAGAGUGGCUAACCAGAGAGAAGACUCUACUCUGGACCUGGGGAUUUGAUAUCUAUGUGCAGAACUGAAGAACACAACUUUGGGUUUUGUUCAGAGUGUAAAGAAAGAAAAAAAUGUCUUGUUUUGAACUUUGAACUCCCUUUUUAAAUAACCCAAGAUCCUGUAUUGAGUGAAACGUGGACAAGAGGAGAGAAAUGGAGCGGUAAGACAACCUGUGUGUGUGUUGGAGCAAAUGGAACAUCCAUCGUCAUUUUUUAUCUUCUUGGAUGUUGGAUGACUUGUAUGUCGUGUCCUAACGUGACCCUAAAAUAACUGCUUUCCAAAAGAAUUGCAUUUCUCUCUACACUUACCCAGAAGACAGGUCAUUAUUUCAACCAUAAACAAAAUAUUUCCAGUCGACAAAAAUGAAUAAGCUAUAUGUUUUGUAUUGCUACCGCCCCCAACACAAAACAAUGUACUGUGAUCACUAUUGACAACCACGUGUCAAAGUAUUGUUUUACCAAGAGUGAGUUAACAACACACAUAGGUCUACAUGCCAUCCUCAUAUAGAUAAACUACAUGUAAAGUAAUAGGAAUGACCUUUGCCCCUAGAAGCGCUCUCAGUGCAGGGAUUCCUGUCAGUGACACAUAAGGGAAAUAUUUGGUCUUGUUGAAGUGAUUUGGUGCAGAUGUCAAGGUGUCAGAAGAGAUGAUGGGACAAUCGUGCUGUGGCCUUUCUGUGCUGGAGGGCCAAGCAUGCCGGGGAUUCACUGACUACUCUAGAGGAGAUAUUUUGGACUAUAAAAACAAACAAAGAGUGAAAAGCUAUCGAGGGUCUUUACUACUGUUUGGCUAGCUAGCUGGGAGGUUGAAAUGGAUCGGCUUUUCAAAGCCUAACUUCUCCUUUGCACUUCGUCAUUAUGAAUUCUUCAAGAAUAUUCCUUGAGAAAAAUAAAACUAAUCUUAUAAUGGAAAA